AUGAUUUACCACAGUGCUUCCGACUCCUGCUCCUCAAUUUGUGCAGACAGCACGAGAGACCCCUCCGCCCCGAACCUGGAGCGCUAUGAAGCCUUCCUCGCUUCCCUGGCGCAAAGAGAGUAUCCCCCCGAACCAGACGUGAUCCUCGCCUUCCGCAAGCUGCUCACAGAGCCGUCCGUGUCACUCGUCGAAGCGGCCCGACUCGCCGUGGCAUCUAGCAUCCCAGACUCUCCCGACCUUCCCGUUUCCAACAUGACCCUCUGGAUCCCCUUUGGCGAGGCGAUCGAGCAGUUCCCCGAGAUGAAUGAUCGUCUAGUCGACUUUCUCGUGGCGCUCCAACAGCUCCCGGAUGGGAACGGGGCGAUGCACGAGCUUCCCUAUUUCAGAGAAUACUGCAACGAGUUCUGGCUGUUCUACCAGGAUCCUCCCCGCAGCGAACCCGACCUGGCCAAAAAGCGCCAGGCCUGGUUCAACAUGAACACGUUCAUGGCCAAGCUCGCCGCAAGGGGCGUGCGGACGGAGAGUCUCCUCCAGCACGCUGGCCGCUUGCUCCAGAACGCGCUGGAGACGGCGCCGUGGGAGGAAUAUCACUUUCCGGAGAUCGAGGAGGCAGAGGAAGACAUGGGCGAUGAAUAUGAGGAGUACCGCGAUAGGGAGUUGGAGAGGCUCUGCGAUAUUCGCCACUUGAAUGGGACUAUUCCGGCCGUGGCGCAGUGGAUCAAGAUCCAGGGUCGCGCGUUGUACGAAAUGGCUGGUCCUAUGGAUUUGGAGCGGGAGGAGUUGUGGGAUGGACCGCCAGGUUGGUCGAAAGAGCGCUGGGAGUUCUGGAGGCAGAGAUUCGAGUGGGUGGCGUCUGUCACGGCGUUGGACAGGAGGACCAAGAAUAUCGCAAGGGAGGCUGCCGAGGAGAUGGCGAGGAUUUCUGGGGAUGCUUAG